AUGACUUCCCUCCACACGAACCUCCACACGGACGUACCUCUCAUCAAAAACUCAUGACUCUAUUACAGAAAUACAAACGAUGUUAUUACUUCACUGCACAAAAUAUUGAAGUCAGAAUAAUCAUCUGCUCAGAAGUCAUUGCGUUAGAAAGUGAUUCGUUUAAAAAAGUAACUGUUGAGAGGAUUUCAGUACCUCGAUGGACAAAAGCCUUGUGAUACCCACGGAUCGAACUACGUACAAUUCAUCCUUCAGUCAAACCAGGUAGAGUCUCGCCGCGCCAAGGCAGUCAGAUGACGCAAAGUUCAUCGCAGUGAUCUCUGUGUAUUCAUUGCCAAGGUAUCUUCUCGAUACAAAUCUACUUUGUUAGUUGAAAUGUCAAGUCAGAUGAAUAUAAUGGAUCUUUCUUCUUCACUGGUCCUCAUACUAGUUUUUAUUGUGUCAGUGGAUUACACAGCAAGUCAGUCUGAACCUGACAACGGAACAGAAGUUGGUUUGGUCGGUUAUGGUGAAUCUUUGACGAUCGUUUCAACAAACUAUCCAAACAACUAUCCAAAUAACAUCAACACUCAAUGGCUUGUUUCUGGACCAGCAGACGACCAGAUCAUGGCAGUUUUUAGCACUUUUGAUCUGGAAUACAACCAUGACUUCUUGAGGGUUGGUUCUGGUCUUGAUCCAGAUGAUACAGCAUCAUUAUUGGCUACUCUCUCAGGUUCUUCUCUACCUGAUAUCAUAGUCUCUAACAACAAUGAGAUGUGGCUGGUUUUUACCUCAGACGGUUCAAAUACAGAGCUUGGGUUUAGGGUUAACAUCGAAGUUUCUAUUGCAAGAAACUAUACAGAUCUUGGCAACGGAACAGAAGUUGUUACCUUUGGUUUUGGCGAGUCUUUGACGAUCGUUUCACCAAAUUACCCAAACAACUAUCCAAAUAACGUCAACACUCAAUGGCUUGUUUCUGGACCAGCAGACUACCAGAUCAUGGCAGUUUUUAGCACCUUUGAUCUGGAAUUCUACCCUGAUAUCUUGAGGAUUGGGUCUGGUCUUGAUCCAGAUGAUACAGCAUCAUUAUUGGCUACUCUCUCAGGUUCUUCUCUACCUGAUAUCAUAGUCUCUAACAACAAUGAGAUGUGGCUGGUUUUUACCUCAGAUGUUUCAGUUACAGAGCCUGGGUUUAGGGUAAACUUCGAAGUUUAUACUCCAAGAAACUAUAUAGAGUUUUUCUUCGCGGAUACCUGUGUUGAGGAGUUCUGCUAUGGUGGCGAGGAAACGACUGUAUGUAGGUGCGAUGACAUGUGCCAAUUCUUUGGUGAUUGCUGUCCAGACUACCCUCUACCAAUCUUUAACGAGACUCCAUCAAACGAGACUCUACUGAACGAGACAGAAUCAAACGAGACUCCAUCAAACGAGACUCUAUCAGCCGAGACUAUAUCAAACGAGACUCUAUCAAAUGAGACUCUAUCGAACGAGACUCUAUCAAACAAGACUCUAUCAAACGAGACCCUACCAAACGAGACUCUAUCAAACGAGACUGUAUUAGACCUUGACGUAUGGGAAUGUAUCGUUGAUUCUUUCCUUCCACUAUUCUACCCAUUUCUUGGACAUGGUUACAGGAUGAUUGCUAGGUGCCCAUCAGGAUGGUCUUUAGAGGAGGAUGUCAAACGAAAUUGUGAAGAGGUUCCUCCCAAUGCAACUAUAGAUGUUCUUUAUAUCUACAACAACAUAUACUUUAGAAACCUGGGUUGUGCUACUUGCCAUGGGUAUACUGAAAGUUCUUUGACAGCUGUUGUCAUUUCAGCAGACCAACAAUGUUGGUGGGGAUAUGAGUAUACCCUUGCCUGCAUGACACCAAUGCCCGCAUUACAGUCCAACGUUUCGAUGAUUAUCAGCGGAUCUGAUAUCAUGCCUACUGUUCAAACUAUUCCGAAACCUCGACUUUGCCUCGUGAAUACAACUGGAAGUUGUCCAAAUGGGACAAAUGAAGAGAUAGCCAGCGAGUGUCAGUAUUAUUACAAACCAUUCAUUAUUGAAGGCGUUGUAAGGAAGCAUCCUGCAUGCAGUAAUUGCAACGGAGGUCCCUUGGUCAUAUGCCAACCAAUAAUAACUGAUGUGGAUGCACGGAAUUUACCAAUGUAUGAGUAUGACGAACCAAUGCAUAACGAAGGAAUAAUUGAUAUUUUUAUAAUGCCCGAACCCAUCAGGCCCCUAGUAGUACAAUGCAUAGAAGGAUUUGAAAUGGAUGACAAUGGUAACUGCGCUCCCAUAUCAUCCGAUUGGCCCGUCUGUCAAUCCAAAUAUUUUGGAGUCAAACAAAGUAACGGAACUGUAGAGUGUUUAGAAGAGAUGGUUUGUUUCAGGGAGGUGACCAUGGAUAACAUUACAAUAUCGGCAAUAGUUCCCCCACCUUGUCUAGUUAGGUCUUCAACAGACGUGGUUAAUGAUACUAUAACAUUUAGUGUGAUUUACAGAGAUGACAUGAACCCAUCUCUUGAUAUAAUCCAGAGAGACAUCAUACAUCAACUUCAAACUCCUAGCCGUGACGGUUGCAAGGACAUAGUAAUAUCAACUAGUCAAUCCUGUUAUGUCGAAGAAAAUCCUGAAAACAUUACAUAUCGUUGUCCCGAGGAAAUGUUUGCUGGAUAUUAUUUAGAUCUUACGCCUUCUCUUAUCAACAAUGAGUCUCUUAUUUACUUCAAUGGAACUUAUAUUCGACCAACAUGGUGGAGUAAUAUCACCAACAUGCAGUUCAGCAGUGACAACGUCUCAUCAGAGUAUCAGUUUGUUAUGUGUGGGACCGAGAUUGCCCUCCAAACCUGCUCUUUCUUCACGGUUUCCAAUGAUUCCAUUGAAUGGGACUAUCAAGGAAACCAGUCUGUUAUUCUGUAUCAAGGUCAGAUGUACGACACAGAGGACAUUCUGAUUCAUCCCGAUGGUUCCAUAAGCAUCUGCUAUAUUGAUCAGGUCACACCCAUUAGUAGAAGGACAUUGAUAAUCCUAGGACAUGUUCUCUUUGCCACAUCAUCAGUUUGUCUCUUUGCUACAUUGAUAACUUACGUUGCCUUCUCUACCUUGAGGAAUCGUCAAGGUGUAUCCAUAAUGAAUUUCAUUGUUGCGUUGUUCCUUGGACAAAUCUUCCUUCAGUACAUUCGUCUUUUAGUCUCCCAGUUGGGAAUACCUUGCAUAGUCGUUGCUGCGAUGUCACAUUUCUUCUUCCUUGCUUCGUUUUUUUGGACGACUAUCCUUGCUUGGGACCUGAGUCGGAGCUUCGCAGCAAGUAAGAUGAAAUCGUUUUCAUCUAGCACAUUUGGUCGUAAGAUGGUGUUUUUUCUUGUUAUUGGAUGGGGCACCCCUCUCGUCUUUGUCUCGAUCACUUUGUUACUUCAGUUCGGAGGAUUUCAAAAUGGUCCUUUAUUGGAAUACGACAGUAAUACAUGCUGGCUUGCCAAACUAUCUAGCAUAGUAAUGUUCUUUAUUCCAAUGACUCUUUGUCUUCUAUCUAAUCUCGUGUUUUUUAUCAUC